AUGACCACUGGCAAUUUGGUGAAUUGGGUAUUUGGGUUUGUGUUAAUUUUUAUCUGGGUUAGAGAAGUGAAUUGGGGCUUUACUUUGGGGUCUUGGGAAAGAGCUGAAUCGUUUUUUCCCCCCCUUCAGGAGGUGAUACAUGAAUUGCUACUGAGUUUUGCUGAAGCUGGAGCUAAUGUGUUGAGACUAAAAGGAGGGGGUUUUCUUGGACUUGCUUUCUUCCUCACUCAGUUGAGCCAUAUUAAUUCUCCUGCAAUGGCUGUUCUAUGUAUGGCAUGCAGUCAGGGAACUGAUGCAUUCUCACAAUCUGGUCUAUAUUCAAACCAUCAAGAUAUUGCUCCACGAUAUUCUGGUGUCUUGCUUGGUCUGUCCAACACUGCAGGAGUGCUCGCCGGCGUCUUUGGAACGGCAUCGACUGGCUACAUCUUGCAACAUGGUUCUUGGGAUGACGUAUUCAACGUCUCAGUAGGCCUUUAUCUGUUUGGAACUGUUGUCUGGAAUCUUUUCUCCACCGAAGUAGCAGAAUGCCAAGAAAUUCAAUUUGGAAGGGCUAAAGAAGGAAGAAGGCCAUAUGUUAUUCCUGUUGGUGGAUCAAACUCCCUAGGAACCUGUGGAAAUGAGAAGUAUUUCCUAUUUUCUGUCUGUGAUGACCCUGAUUACUUCUACGACUAUGUUCAAGGCCUACUUGAUGGACUUGAGGCAGGCGUUGAUUCACGUGAUAUUGUUAACAUUCAAAAUGACAAAGGUCUGGGCUAUGCAAUAAACACGUCUCAGGAGCUUAAGUUUGUCACGGAGAUUGCUGCGACCACUGGGAUUGUUCUAGAUCCAGUUUACAGUGGCAAAGCUGCUUAUGGAAUGUUGAAAGACAUGGCUGAGAAUACAAAGAAGUGGGAAGGAAGAAAGAUCCUCUUCAUACAAAGAGAUAUUUGUAAAUUGCGAUUGUGGAGAACGAUUGAGAAGAACCCAAAUAAAUGCGCAGACGAAUACUUGGAUGGAAUCGAGGAUUUUAUUGAGAUUGCACGUAGACACAACCCGGGUGCAACUAGAAUCCAUUGUCCUUGUAGAAGGUGUAAUAACACGUUGUGGGAGACAAUUGAAAAUGUUGGUUUUCAUUUAGUAAGGAAUGGAAUGAUUGAGACAUAUAGCAUUUGGAACCUUCACGGGGAACAAUUAGACAAUGCUUCAUCUUCAAAUGCCACAGGGGUAGACAAUAUUGAACCUAUUGUGGAUCCUAAUGAACAAGUCAUGGAUAUUAUAAAUGAUGCUUUUCCAUUUGCAUCAACCAACAUCAAUCAGGAAGGGGAAGAUGACGUGCCUACUCCAAUGGACAGUGCAGAGUUCGAACAAUAUGAACAACUGUUAAAAGUGCCAACCAUGAGUUAUACCCAGGGUGCGAGAGCUUUUCCGUUCUUACGGCCAUUGUGGAGCUAA